CCCCGUCGCAACCACUCCGCCGCAACCACUCCGCCUCAGCACAAUGGGCACCCAGAAGAAAGAGGCCAGCCGCAAGGAGCGCCAGGGCAAGACGGGCGACGGCCUGGGCAACGUCAAGGUCAAGGGCGAGAACUUCUACCGCUCGGCCAAAAAGGUCAAGGUCCUCAAGCGCCUCACCGACGGCAAGGCCCAGCGCAACGCAAAGGGCGACGUGACCAAGGCCGCCUCGUACCAGACCCGCGAGGCGCCCAUUGCCCGCGUCGAGCCCAACCGCAAGUGGUUCAACAACACGCGCGUCAUCUCGCACGAUGCCCUCGAGUCGUUCCGCUCCGCCGUCCAGGCCCAGGCCUCGGACCCGACGACGUACCUGAUGAAGCGCAACAAGCUGCCCAUGUCGCUCAUCGAGGAAAAGGGCAACAUCAACGGCCUCAAGGAGCAUGCCGCCAAGAUUGCCGUCGACUCGCAACCCUUCUCUGACACGUUCGGCCCCAAGGCCCAGCGCAAGCGGCCCAAGCUCGACUUCAGCUCCAUCGAGGACCUGGCGGGCCGCACCGGCACCAUGCACGAGACAUACGUCGAGCGUCUGGAGCAGGCCAAGCUGCUGUCGGGCACCUCGGGUGACGCCGAGGCCGUCGACAACAACCCAAAUGGCGAGCUCACCACGGCAAGAGAAUCCAUCUUUAUGAAGGGCACGAGCAAGCGCAUCUGGAACGAGCUGUACAAGGUCAUCGACUCGAGCGAUGUCAUCCUGCAUGUCCUCGAUGCCCGCGACCCCAUCGGCACCCGCUGUCGCAGCGUGGAAAAGUACAUCCGCACCGAAGCCCCGCACAAGCAUCUCGUCUUCGUCCUGAACAAGGUCGAUCUGGUCCCGUCCAGAGUAGCCGCUGCUUGGGUGAGAAGUUUGAGCAAAGAGUUUCCAACUCUAGCUUUCCACGCCAACAUCAACAACAGCUUCGGCAAAGGUUCGCUCAUCGCCCUUCUCCGCCAAUUUUCGUCCCUCCACAGCGAUCGUAAGCAAAUCUCCGUCGGCAUGGUUGGCUACCCCAACACCGGUAAAUCCUCCAUCAUCAACACACUUCGAAAGAAGAAGGUCUGCACUGUCGCGCCAAUCGCUGGAGAGACAAAAGUCUGGCAAUACAUCACCCUAAUGAAGAGGAUUUACAUGAUCGACUGCCCGGGUAUUGUCCCACCAAACCAGAGCGAUACUGAUGAAGAGUUGCUGCUGAGAGGUAGCGUGCGCGUAGAGAACGUCGAGUACCCUGCCCAAUACAUUGAUGCUGUGCUCAGGCGGGUCCAGCCCAAAUACCUGCAACGGACGUAUGACAUCAAAGACUACGACAAUGAUGCCGUCACAUUUCUCGAAAUUCUCUGCAGGAAGAGCGGUCGCUUACUAAAGGGUGGGGAAGCUGAUAUAGAUGGCGCCGCCAAGAUGGUGUUGAACGACUGGAUACGAGGAAAGAUUCCGUGGUUCACACCCCCACCGCUGUUGGAAGGCCAGGAGGCUGGCCCUGUACGCGGUGAGGCUCGCGAGGGACGACUCGGUGAGAUGAGCAAGAAACGGAAGCGGGGCGGUGAGAGCGAUGUUGCUGAGAGUGUCGCUGCCACAACUGAUGUACCCGACGAUGACGCCACCAAAGCUGAUGAAGCCGAGUUUGCGGGCUUUAGCGGUGAUGACAAUAGCCUGCAGCUGGACGAUGGUGAAGAUGAUGACGAUGAUGAAGACGACGUGUCCGAGGAUGGAGAUGAGAGUGAGGGAGGCACACUGUUGGAUAUCCCUGGGGCCGACGACGACGCUAGCGAAGAUGAUGAGGAGUUGGAGCAGGAAGUCGCUGCAAUAUCACAGGCCUUGUCCAAGGCGAAGAAGAGGCAACGAACAGAUAAAAAGUAG